AUGACUCAGUAUGACACGGCCUUCAGGACGCAGUGCCAACGACUUGCUGAGGCCCAAAGCCCUUUGGAAGGGCGAGCCAAGGCAUUUUGGUUCCUGCGGAAGGCAGGGCUCUCAGAAGAUUUGAGGCGCCAGGUGGUGUCGACGGCCGGAGGCAUCUACGACUAUGCUAAACUGCGGUCUGCCCUGGUGGCCAUUGUGCCACAUGUUGGCGUAGCUGACCAUGGGAGUGGUGAAGACCGACGAGGACAUCAUGGAGACUUCAGGAGAGGCAGGAGUCCCGGCCCAAGGUCUUCUCACAAAGUGCAUGCCGUGGUUGAGGGAGAAGAUGACGGUAGAGAUGAAGCAGAUAGUAAGAUGUCUGAUGGUGACUAUGAUGGAGAUUGUGGAGCUGACGAUCUUGAGCUUGAAGCGGAAGUUUUGCUCACAGCUGCAGCCCGUCGUCGAGCUGAACAUUCCAAGAAUAGAGGAUUCCAUAGAUCCGAGUCGCCCCAGGCGCGGGAGAAACGGAUAGAAAGCAUGAAGCAAAGGAUGGCAUGCGCCGCAUGUCGUGCAAACGGAAAAUUGGUGUACGGACAUUGGCACUCUGACCCUGCUUGUCCAUACUAUGGCAAAAGCGAUGGCAAGGGUGGGAGCAAACAGUCUGGAACCAAGAGCGUCUUUGUGGUCACUCAGGAGAAAGAUGAUGAGGACACUUUGAGUGAUGAUUCGGAUGCAGCCUUUUUGAGUCAUGUGAUUUUGAUGUCAAGUUCAGAGAAGUUGCGAAAAGCUAGUGCUCUGAUGGCGCUCUCGGACACAUGUUGUGCCCGAACCGUUGCUGGAGAAAAGUGGUGCAAGAAUGUCUUGGAGAAGCUUCAUGAGUUUGGGACGGCGUUCUACAUCAUCCAGGACAACCAGCCGUUUAGGUUCGGUGAUGGACCCAAGGUGUGGGCGAAGUAUGCUUUGGUCAUGCCGGUCCAGAUCAAGAACGCUAGGUGCCCAUUCUUGCUCAGGAUCAGCGUGGUCCAAGAUGAUGUCCCCCUUUUACUCAGUGCCAAGGUGUUGCAACAGCUUGGAACGGUCUUGGACAUGGGAGGGCAAGAGUACGUGUUCAAAGCGCUGGAAGCAUCCAUCAAGAUGAAGUCCACCGGCACUGGACACAUUGGCUUCGAGCUUUUCUCGGAUCAUCCUGAUCCGACGGAUCUGCUGAGGAUUGACUGGGAGGCCUUUCUUGAAACCGGUGAAGAGGUUGUCUUCAUUGAGCGCUUGGAGGACUGCUCUACGGGGCAUGUUUUCACUCUUGACCCAGGGCCCGUUCAUGAAACUAGGGUGAAACAUGUCUCAUUUUGUGAUGAUGUAGAGUGGUUUAGGUAUGAGGUUGGUGAAGAUGAUGAUAUUUGUGUCUCAGCCGUUGUUGAUCCUCUGAGCGAAGCCGAAACUGAUCAGCCCUCUCCCAUCUGUGAGCGAGAUGGCGUCCACUACCACCGCAGUUCCCAAGAAGCACAGCGAGUUGGUGAAUGCCUUGGUGAGCAUGACGUCUAUGUCUCGUCAGGCACUGGAGGAGAUGGGGGUGGAGAAGCUGAAAGUGAUCUUCAGGAGUGUGAGGCCGGCCAAGCCUCAAGCAGUGCUCACAGCCAAUUGGAAGAAGUUCAACACGGUCCAGUGGUGCGUCAAGACGAGGAUCCACGUGGUCACGCCUAUGUGCACUGGGGGCGGGAUCAGCUGAUCGUGGAGCUGGAGCACUACCAGGUGGAAGCCCGUGCUUAUCUCAAGGAGAAUCCGGAUGCCCCACAGAAGCAGACGGUGCCGCUUUGCCCAUCUUGUCAGGUGGGGAUGGUGGUUCGAAAGAAUCCGGCUACCCUGGAACCGUUUUACGGUUGCUUGGCCUUUCCAGCGUGUCGCCAGACCAUGGCCAUGGAGUAUGCGUCAGAGCCAGCAGCCGUGGUUCAGAGACGAGCCAUGCGCAGCAAGAAGGCGGUGGUAGUGGACGACACGGAGGAGAUGGACGGAGAGAUGAGGAGCCGAGCAGCCAGUGUUCCGAUCCCGGACGAUGGGGACUCGGAAGCAAGUUGGGCGCCCAUCUCAGAAGCUGGGGCAAGAUCUUCGGCAAGUCAGAGUGUGCGAGUGAGUCAGGAGGAGCUCCUGUUGCUGAAGGAGAUUCGCGAGGACGAACCUUUCUUGGAACUCUGUGAGUCCAUCUUUGAAGAGCAGAUCAAACGUGGCGAUGAUGCUUUGGCAGAGAAUCCACUGGCCAGUCAGAAUUCCCUGAAGAAUGUUGAAAAGAUUAUGGAAGAAAACCCUGUGUUUGUUGUGAACAAAGAUGACGACCCGAUGGGCGAUUUGGAUGGUCCUGCGUCGGGUGAGAUUACCGAGUAUGAACCCGCAACGAUUGAACAUUUGAGGGAGGCUACAGGUGAGGAGGCUCUGUAUGGUCGUCCCGAGGUUCAGGAAGCGAUCGCCAUCUUUAAACAGGGAGGUACCACUCAGGACGGUAUGCCUUACACGGACUUGACUAAAGAGCGUAAACCUGAUGAGGACGAUUUGGACGCGCCCGUUGACGACAGUGUUGGGGAUGUUGGACCGGAAGAGGACAUGGAGGUCGAGAUUCCUAGAGAGGUUGGACGAACUCCGGUGUGGAAUCGUAUUGAAGACCCUCCUGAGGAUGUCAAGGCCUUAGGUAGCAAGCAAGGUUGGCACGAGGACGCGAGAGGAAACAAAGUUCAUGUCGCGCACCGCGGUUAUUGCUUUAGGACGCCCAUGCCUAAGUAUCAGCCAAAUGAAGUUCCUUACCGCACGACUUGGGGCUUUGUGGGUGACAAGUGGGUUCUGUUUGAAGAUGAAGUUAAUUGGGUUCAAUUGGAUGACUGUCAUAGUGUUUUUCCUGGGGGACCGAUUCCGAUUGUCAUCACCAUCUUUAAGAAACGCACUCGUAAACAGAUAUGCGAGGAUUCCGUGCCUGACUGCAUCAAGAGACAACGGACUGACAAACGUGAAAACGGAGCGUUUCUGACUUUGAGUAGGAGAAAGGCUCAAAAGGCUAUUGACAAGGAAAUCCCAUAUCACAAGAUUCCCCCAGAGCAAUUGGAAGAUUUUUUGAAAGCUGAGAAGAAAGAAUGGGAUUCGUGGAUUCAGUAUGCUAAAGCUACUGACGAAGAAGUUAGCGAUUUUCGUUCGGUUUUGGGAGCUCUGCAAUGGUUGUCCACUCAAUCUAGGACAUCAGCAGUGCCAAUGAAUGUCAUCUCGUGGAAGACCAAGUCGAACAAAAGGAUCCUCGAGUCAAGUUUCGCGGCAGAGACGCAUGCCGCCUUGAUGGGUUACGGAAACGGCCACUACUUGAGAGUGCUCAUGCUGGAGAUCAAUUGCGGCAGUCAUGCGAUUCAACAGCCUGAGGGAACAGACUGGUACAGUCAGAUGAAGUUAGUCAUGGCCACGGAUUGUCGAAGUCUGUUUGACUGUGUCAGUCGUGUUCGGGGUACGGGCCUGGCACUGUCGCAGCUGUCGCUGUCGCCACCAUGGCCAAUCAAAGAACCCAGCGGGAACCCACGCAGCAAGGGGCGCUCUACCCUGGGCAUCGGAUCUAGCGACAAGGACCAGGUGGCAGAGAACUCUGUGAGAGACCUGCAUUAG